CCCUGUUCCGCUGAUUUAAUGCUUGGUGAAUGUCCACAGAAAGUCGCGGUUGGAUGGCAGACACUACCAAGGUUCGCAGCGUGCAAUCCUGCUUACUUUGGAAAAGCAGCACGAAGGAGCCAAUGCUUUGUCAAGCUCAUGCUGGUUCCUGUCCCUUCGGUGAUCAUAAAAAGUACACUUUGCAGGCCUAAGGUCAAUUCGAACCCACGUGUUCAUCACGCUGUACUGCAAAUUGUUUUAAAUGCUGUGAUACUGAUGACAUCUAAAGAUGAGAAGAUUAUCCUUUCAUUGCGACAGAAAAUUUGAGGUGUUGACAAAGCACCUACUUCAAACAUGCGGCUUGCAGAGAUUGGAGAGGAUGCGCCUGCGAGCAGUGCGCGUAGAGAUGGCCAUCAGGCCACAGUGCGAUUCUUGGGGGUGCAAUUGCCAGAAAGGCGAUUGCAACGCCACACAGGAUCUUGCUACUCUGCGCCAGCUAGUGGUGUGGAGCAGGAAGCAUGGGUGGAAUCCGCCGGAACUGUACCGGGCUCCAUCGCCAGGUGGCUAUCGAACUCGCGCCAAACUUGCAGUUGGCCCUUCAGAAGGGCAGGCCAUCAUCGGCCUUUUUCGGAAAGGUACUUUUCAAGUUGCCAGGUGUCAAGGCUGCCGCGCCAAUCAUCCGGUUCUCGAUGCUGGACUAGAAGCACUGGAAGAAGCUCUUGAGAUGCUGCCAAAGGUGCGGCCAUUUGAUCACACUGAGCCUGCCUCCACCGAGCCAGCAUUGCGGCAUAUUGAACUUACAGUCGAGCGGCCAACAGGUCUUAUACAGCUCGUGCUGCUUUGGAACGGCGAGCGUGGGUCAUUUGCUCCCGGCUUGGAAGACCUGCUUGAGCAUUUGUGGCCUUCGCAUCAGACAUCAAGCAAUAAAUGGCAUUCAAUCCUGGUUCACUGGCGAGAACCUGAUCCCAGCCUUCAGAGAGAGAUGCGCUCCAAAAGCAAACAUGCUUGGGAGCAAAAGCGUCCUAAAACUCGUGGAGGCAUUGUUCGAGCUACCGUGCUUGAGACCUUGGAUGGCUUGCCAUUUGAAUUUGGUGCGAAGAGCUUCCAACAGGCCAACCUGGUUGUUUACGAGCAGAUCCUUCGUGAUAUGAAGGCCCAAAUGCAGAUAGCCUUGGCCACCCUCCAGGCCAAGCCCCCUCUACGUUUGCCAGAGCUUUGUGGUGGUGUUGGUGUCAUUGGAUUAAGCCCGGCUCACGCAGCCUCUGGAGAGGUGACUCUCCUCAGCACAGAUGUGAACCCCGAAAGCGGAGAACUCUUCCAGCUGAAUGCAUCUCGCUUGUUUGGCGAUCAAGAGCUGGUUUGUACCACCUUUGCUGCCCUUUCAGCAGCUGCAGCACUCCAACAAGGCGUCGAGUCUUUGGGCGGUCCUGCCGAGGUUCUAAUUUUGGACCCGCCUCGCCGUGGUUUGGGAUGUCGAAGCUGGCGUAGUGGUCUCCCUGCUGGUCAGGAGGAAGUGGAACAAAUUCGUCACAGUUCUGUGCGUGUGAUCAUCUACAUGAGUUGUGGACCGCGAAGCUUUAUGCAGGAUGCUGAUAGGUUGACGAGCCCGGGUGCCACACCUGCUUUUCAACUAACUUGGCUUCGCUGCUAUGACAUGUCACUGGCUGAGAAGUCUAAAACAGAUUGAAAAGAACCACAUCCAGGUUGUCUUUUUUGCACAAGCUGCCGGCCUGAACAGCACCGGGCUGUUUUGAUGUUCUUUAGGG